AUGGGGUCUCUUAAGCAAUUUUGGUUGGGUCUCUUUGCCUAUUUUUGUAGUAGUGAACUCACGGAGAGUUGUAGCGCUCUAAUUCAACACUCAUUUCCCCCAAAACUCAAUGACUCCGGGAGUUUUUCUAUCCCUUGUAGAAUUCAAAAGCUCAAAUUUGAUAAUGCUCUUUGUGAUUUGGGGGCAAGCGUGAGCAUCUUGCCAUAUAAGAUUUAUGAGAAGCUCAAUCGAGGUGAUCUCUCUCCUACCGCUAUGUCAUUGCAACUAGCCGAUCGAUCGGUUAUGUUGCCAUUGGGUAGGAUUGAGGAUGUUCCCCUCGUUGUUGGCAAGCUUACUUUUCUGGUUGACUUCGUAGUCUUGGACAUCGAUGAGGGUGCCCAUACCCCCAUCAUCUUGGGGAGGCCAUUUUUGGCCACCGCGGGUGCUCUUAUUGAUGUGCAAGAGGGACUAAUCACCUUGAAAGCGGGAGAUUCAAAAGCUAGCUUCAAGCUUCCCCUUGGUGAAGGAUGUUUUGCAAAUAUGAAAAGUUGUAUGAAGGUAGAAAGUAUUGCUUAUAUUGAGAGCUUUUGCUCACAUGCUAACCCUUCUAACAAUUUUCGUGUUUCUAAGUGUGAUAAUGAGCUUUCUAGGUCCUCUCCCGAUGACAAGAAUAUCCAUGGGAUCCCAAAGGUGUUUGAGGAUAAGUUUGAUGAUGUUGUAACUGUAAUACCCCGAAAUUUUUAA